GCGGGGUCUCGUGGCUGUUGCAGAGUCGCAAGUCCCUGCUCGAGCCGCGCUCCGGCAUGGGCUGGCUGCGGGGUGUGCUGCGCCUUGUGUCGGGCGCCGUGUCGAGGGAGGUGAGGGAGCUCGUGGGCACGGACCAUCUGGGGAACAAAUACUACUACAUCGCCCAGUACAAGAACUGGAGAGGGCAGACUAUUCGAGAGAAAAGAUUUGUGGAAGCAGCAAACAAAAAAGAAGUGGACUAUGAAGCAGGAGACAUCCCCACAGAGUGGGAAGCAUGGAUUAGAAGAACAAGGAAGACCCCACCUACUAUGGAGGAAAUACUAAAGAAUGAAAAAUACAGAGAAGAAAUUAAAAUUAAAAGCAAAGAUUUUUAUGAAAAGGAUAAACUCGCUAAAGAAACCCGCGAAGAACUCUUGCCUUCACCUGCUGUAACCCAAAUUAAAGGGCAUGCCUCUGCUCCGUACUUCGGAAAGGAAGAACCUUCAGUGGCUCCCACCAGCACUGGUCAAACUUUCCAGCCAGGAUCCUGGAUGCCAGAAGACGGCAAAAGACAAAAUCCAUGAAUGUACUAUGGUAAAGUCAUUUCAUAUGGAUAUGGUUAUUUUAACAAAUAAAAGUUAAAAGUUGACCCCUUUGAA